AUGACAGCUGAGGCAAGAAACCACCUCCAGCUCUUAGACAGACAGGAGACAUCCAAGGAAACUCUGGAGCACAACCUUCCCAAGAUGCAUACAGGACAGGAGCUUGUUCGAGAUCCACAGGCACCCGAAGGUCUUUGGGAACUGAAGAAGCACUUGGUAGCAUUCAGACGAGAUUGGCGAGCUCUGUGCUGCAGGGAAGGCGGCUCCAUGAGGGAGCUCAGCAUCCUGUGUUAG